CCUACAUCGAGGCAAGAUCUUCCAUGGCGGAUCGGAUCACAUUCCACUAAUGUCCCACUCGGAGGUCCGAACGUCCGCAACACGUGAAGCUGCGCUUGCGCUGUUCACCGGAAGUGUCUACGGCGGUGUGCACACGGUAGUUGGCCAUCCCUUGGACACGAUCAAGUCGCGCUUGCAAAUGGACUUGGCCAUGCGCAACGCGAGCGCGUUCGACGUUGCAAAGUCGUUGUGGCGAACCGAAGGUAUUCGAGGCUUCUUCCGGGGGUGCGUGCCGCCGCUGUGGGGCUCGAUGGUGUACCGUGGCGUAAUGUACAGUGGGUACGAGUUCUCGUUCACGUUUAUCGAGAAGGAAUUUCCCGAUGACCACUUUCUCAAGAACGAAAUCGCGCCAGCGUUUCCCGUGCGGCCGAUGGUCGUGGCGUCCACCGUAUUUGCCGCGUCGUGUCGUGGAGUCAUUGAGAGUCCCAUUGAAUACGCCAAAGUCAUGGGCCAAAUGAAGCAGUCGUGGGUCCUUGGUCAUGUCUACCAGGGAGUGCAGUGGCAGAUGCUUCGGACGGCUGCACUGCUGAUCCCGAUAUUCGCACUCCUCGAUAUCGCCCGCCUAAAGACCGACCUCACGAAGACACUUCCUGGAAACUUCUUGGUCAUGUCUGGUGCGUGUGGUGUGUCGUAUUUGUGUUGCUGGCCGCUUGAAACGAUCAAGAAUUUGGCCCAAACCGGCAUCGGGGGAAACUCACUCAAGGAACGCAUCAACUACUUGGGUGGGUGGCGAGGCGUAUAUCGCGGUGUGUGGCCUGGUACAAUUGCCGGUGGUUUGCGCAAUGGUGCUGGCAUGGUUGCUAUGGUGUUCGCUCAAAAGUGGGCCACACACCUCGGCUUGCGGGAUUAGUCCAGCAUUUCUUGGUUCGACACAGAUAUGGUGUCGACGAUGUCGUGGCAAGUUCAACUCUAAAAAUUCUGGUUCAUCUUUUGUUGCCAA